CAUUCAUUGCAUAUUGAUCUGCUGUCUGCUCUUCAUGACUUGUGAGGGACUGACUGGUCGGUACGAUGAACUCUUGCAACAUCUCGCUGCUGGCGAUACGGUAUUUCAGUCACUACGUCACCAAAACUCCUCAGAUGUCUCGGAUGUGCUAGAGGGACUUGUCGACAUGUUUAGCGAGAUGGGCCUUACAUCUUCGGGCUUCAUGGGAGACCAUCCUCUCUCAGGCAUCAAAAAGUGGUGUCGCAGUAACCCUGAGACCGAAGCAAGCGAUGAUUCACCUUUUAAGACGCUGAACGAGGCAUCCUAUGCCUUACACGAACUACGACUAAAUCAUGACUUCCAGCCAUGGAAUCCGGACAGGGAAGACGGGUUGGCCAACGACAAUGCAUUUGAGGAUAGGCUCCGCCGUUGGAAUUCCCGUUUCAAAGCUCUGAGCCAACGAUUGUUAUCAAGCCCAUCAGAUGAUGAGGUAGCGCAUAUCCAAACUCUGCAGCUCCACUAUCAAUCUCUGCAGAUGUAUAUCAAUGCGUACGAUAACAAAGGACUACAACCUUCGCACCCAUACAAAGCAUUCAUUGAGGCCGCAGUGAAGGUAGCCGCCCCUCUAAUAGCAAUAGAUCAACCUACGUUCUCACUAGACGGAUGUCUGGUCUCGGGUCUAUCAUUUGUCGCUAUAUCAACUCAAGGUGGGGAUGAGAAGGUGCAAGCACUUGACCUCCUUCGGAAGUUGAACCACCGUGAAGGCAUUUUCGACAGCAAUGACAUCGUUGAGAUGCAUGAACUGGUAGCCAUGGAUAUGGACUGGGGAUCUGGCUCUGACUCUGAUUCAGAUACUGAUAUAGAGGAACCUGAUCCACCUCUUAGAGCACCAAAAGGAAUACCGCAGAUGAUUGAGGUGCUUGCUCGCAAGACUGGGAAGACAAGCAAACGGCUGGAAGGCUUGUACCCAUAAGUAGAUCCAAGGCUCGGUUUGGGAUACACAUUUAGCACAUCUCCUUAGUCAUUCGUCAAUUCAUAAUCUCUUUCCAUGGCACAUCAGAAUUGAAGAAGAAGAGUAAUAGAAA